CGCGCGCAGAGGCGGUCCGGCUGCUUCAGUUUCUGUAAUCGUUUUUUUCUGCUGCCUUCAGUUAAAUAGCGAGGAGACGAGAACGAGCGGACGGCCCGACUCUGGUUACACGGUAUCAUCCAGGAAAAGCGUAUCGGGACUCUACGUCGACGGCCGCUCGGCAGGGCCAAGAUGUCCAGUGAGGUGCAGAGACCAGACGAUAGCCCCAGCACAAGUGGAGGGAGUUCAGAUAUCGAGCAGCGGGAGACGGCACCACCUCAGCAGGAACGUGACCUGGUUGCGCCCAAGAAGAAGGAGACCAAGAUCUCCAGUAAAACCGCUGCCAAACUCUCCACCAGUGCCAAGAGGAUUCAAAAGGAACUUGCAGAAAUCACACUUGACCCUCCGCCGAACUGCAGUGCUGGUCCCAAAGGAGAUAACAUCUAUGAAUGGAGGUCGACUAUUUUAGGACCGCCGGGCUCUGUGUACGAAGGAGGGGUCUUUUUCCUUGACAUCGCAUUUACACCGGACUACCCAUUUAAACCCCCCAAGGUAACGUUUAGAACGAGAAUCUACCACUGUAACAUCAACAGUCAGGGUGUGAUCUGUCUGGACAUUCUGAAGGACAACUGGAGUCCUGCGCUCACCAUCUCUAAGGUGCUGCUGUCCAUCUGCUCUCUACUCACAGACUGUAACCCAGCUGAUCCUCUGGUUGGGAGCAUUGCCACACAGUACUUGACCAACAGAACGGAACAUGACAGAAUAGCCAAACAGUGGACGAAGAGAUACGCCACAUAAAUCACUCUUACAAUAUCGACACAACACACACACACACACACUAUAUCCCCUCCGUCCCGCUCCUUCUGCGCCUCUCUACCUCUCCCUGUCUGUUCAAAGCACACUAACCAAGUGCAACAAUACAUCUGGCCCCCCCUUCCUUCAACUUCCUGUAACCCUUUCUGUGAAGACGACUGUCCUUUUUGUUCCUUGUUGACUUGAAAGCUUCUUUUUAUACAAAGAGUAGAUUGGGACUUUAUUUUCCAAUUAUCUGAAUGUUUGAAUUACCUUAGGAGAAAAGGAAUACUAUUGUUAUCAUUAUUAUUAUUAUUAUUAUUAUUGUCCUUCACCUUAAUGUAUAUCCUCUCUUUUUUUUAAGUGGCAUCAGGAACAAAUACAGCUUAUAAACCUUUUUUUUUUAUUACUGCAUAGUGUAUUUCUUUUUGUUUUCGCUCCAUUUUGUUAGAAGUCAGUAAAGUUGUGCAUAUAACAGGAUGACAAAUUGUGCAUCCAUCAAAAUCCAAACUUGGUCCUUGUUUUGUUUGUAUGUAUUUUUAAACUCAAACAUCAUGGCAGCCACUUGAAAAUAGGCUUGCCUGUGAAUUAAAAAGAUAUGUACAUAUUGCUACAUGCCACCUCUGGCCAGAAUGGACUGUUGUGCACUUGCUUCAUGGAAAAACACCAUAAAUAAACACUGGCUGAAUUGUCA